CAUGGAACCGGGCAGCGUGGAGAACCUGUCCAUCGUGUACCGCAGCGGCGACUUCCUGGUGGUCAACAAGCACUGGGACCUGCGCAUCGACAGCAAGACGUGGCAGGAGACCCUGACCCUGCAGAAGCAGCUGCGGCACCGCUUCCCGGAGCUGGCUGACCCUGACACCUGCUACGGGUUCAGGUUCUGCCACCAGCUGGACUUCUCCACCAGCGGGGCGCUGUGUGUGGCCCUGAACAAGGCGGCUGCAGGCAGCGCGUACAGGUGCUUCAAGGAGCGCCGCGUGACCAAGGCUUACUUGGCGCUAGUGCGGGGGCACAUCCAGGACAGCCAGGUGACCAUCAGUUAUGCCAUUGGCAGGAACAGCACGGAAGGCCGGGCUCACACCAUGUGCAUUGAGGGCACGCAGGGUUGUGAGAAUCCAAAGCCAAGCCUCACGGAACUGGUGGUCCUGGAACACGGGCUGUACGCGGGUGACCCUGUCUCCAAAGUGCUGCUGAAGCCUCUCACAGGCCGGACACACCAGCUGCGAGUGCACUGCAGUGCCCUCGGCCACCCCGUGGUGGGUGACCUGACCUACGGGCAGGCCGCAGGCCGGGAGGACCAGCCUUUCCGCAUGAUGCUGCACGCCUUCUACCUGCGCAUCCCCACGCGGGCCGAGUGCGUGGAGGCCUGCACGCCGGACCCCUUCCUGCCCGCCCUCGACGCCUGCUGGAGCCCCCACGUCCUGGUGCAGCCACUUGACCAGCUAUUCCAGGCCUUGCGGGCUGCCCCCGACCCUGACCCCAUGGAUGGGGGCCCUGGGGCAUGCAGCGCCCCCACGCUCCUGCCUGGGCCGGGCCAGCCCCCACCGCCCUGCACCAAAUCCCCCGAGACCGAGGCACAGCGGGCCUCCUGCCUGCAGUGGCUGUCAGAGUGGACGCUGGAACCGGACAACUGAUGUUGGGCUGCGGGGGGCGGGGGUGGC